AUCAUCUGUCGGAUGAUUUUGGAUUCUCAUUUUUUACAUUUCUAUUGUAAAUUACGACGAAAUGGCUAAGAAAACUUACGAUUUGUUAUUUAAAUUACUCCUCAUCGGUGACUCUGGUGUAGGCAAAACUUGCAUAUUGUUUAGAUUUUCAGAUAAUCAUUUUACAACAACUUUUAUAUCUACUAUCGGUAUUGACUUCAAAAUAAAGACAGUAGAACUGCGUGGCAAGAAAAUAAAGCUCCAAAUCUGGGACACAGCCGGGCAGGAGCGGUUCCACACCAUCACCACGUCGUACUACCGCGGCGCCAUGGGCAUCAUGCUCGUGUACGACAUCACUAACGAGAAGACCUUCGACGACAUCGUCAAGUGGCUCCGGAACAUUGACGAGCAUGCUAAUGAAGAUGUAGAAAAGAUGAUACUGGGUAACAAGUGUGACAUGGAGGAAAAACGUGUGGUCAGUAAGGACCGUGGUGAGGCGAUAGCGCGCGAGCACGGCAUCCGGUUCAUGGAAACGUCGGCGAAGGCGAACAUCAACAUCGACCGCGCCUUCUCGGAGCUGGCGGAGGCGAUCCUGGACAAGACGGCGGGGCGCGAGGCCGACGCCGACCACGCGCGCAUCGCCGUGGAGCGCCGGCCCUCGCGCGCGCCGCCCGCGCGCGCCUGCUGCUCCUAACUCGCGCCGCCCGACACGCGAAAAUCGCUUUAGGUCCCCGCGAACGUUCAUAUUUUAAAGGAGAACGUUCCGGGACGCGGGAGCGUCUGAUCGAUCGCCGAAUUUGUGGCGUGUUUCAUCUGAAUGUCGAGUCAUUAGUGUUUAAUUACUUAAUGGGUCUUCUGUAUAAAAACUUUUCAAGUUAGUAUCGUGGUGAAAAGGAUUUAAGUAAACUUUUAAAGUAAAACUAUUGAGAUUCAAUGUAUGUAUGUACCUAUACUUGAUGCAGUUCAGAAAAAACACCAAUUUUCAUACUUAAAUGAGAGGCAAAUGUGUUUUUUACUUAUUGUUAGUGUUAAUUCAUUUAUUUACUUACAUUAUUAUUCUAUUGCUACUUACGCAAGCGCAACGACACUACGGCUGUCGCGUGCAGGCUCGAUUACUCUUUAACUUUUCCUUAACUUUAUUCAGAUUUUUUUUAUUAGUCGAUAAAUAGUUUAUUUACUCGCAUCAUAUGUACUGUUUUAUAUUCAACCUUGUGCGGGGUAUGUAUAAGCUUACUUGGUGGCUGGCGGUGAACAGUGACAUAUCUGCGAAGCAAUAGAAAGCCCCCCAACCAGCAUUUACCCAUUCUAUUAUAUUGGUGUAGUAGACUUAAGUCAAAAUUUAUUUUGGUUGGUAGUGUUUAGGGUUAUAUUUCUCAAUUCAAUAUUAAAAGUAUGCUGACAUAACCUUGAUCCCUGUAUCCUUCAUUUAGAUUAAUUUACGGUGUACU